AUACCUGUUAUUCUGGGAGAUCGGAUACCGCGUUCUGAUAGAGGCGACGAAGAAAAGGAACAGUGGGCACGUAUGAUGCUUAUACUUUUCGUGCCCUGGAGACGCCCGUCGGAUCUUCAUGGCCCUACAGAGAGUUGGACUGCAGCGUUCGAGAGGCAAAAGGGCCGAAUCUCUGCUAGGAAUAUGACUGUGAUUGAGAAUAUGAACGUGCUCUCUGAGUGUCGGGACGUACGCGAUUCGUUUCGUGACAUGCGCCGC